GAAACCAAUGUUGUGGUUGGCCCAGGCACCUAGAUCUAACAUUAUACAAUGGGCUUGAUAGCGAACAAAUGUUUAAUCUGUAAGCGGUUUAGGAGAGUGUGUUGGUGACAGAGAGCGAGUGCGCGUCUUCGGUUGUGUAUGAUUCAUCAUGGCGAGUUCUACAGCCGUCCCCUCAUCAGCAGCGAACACUCCAUCUCUCAAGGGCWCUGGUAUAGAUGUAUCCACCAGUAACGGCAUGGAAGACAGUGUCCACAGCUUCAAGGCGGCUGACCUGGUCAUUGAGCUGUCCCAGACCCACAAGGCCAAACCUGACCUGACCAAUCUGGUGUUUGGAACUGUGUUCUCUGACCACAUGUUGACCAUAGAGUGGACCAGCAAUGGAGGCUGGCAGAAACCUCACAUCAAGCCCUUUGGUAACCUGUCUCUCCACCCGGCCUGCUCAGCCAUGCACUAUGCUGUGCAGUUGUUUGAGGGUAUGAAGGCAUACCGAGAUGCUGAUGACAAAGUGCGUCUCUUCAGACCCAUGCUCAACAUGAACCGUAUGUUCAAGUCUGCAGAGAGGGCCUGCCUGCCGGCCUUUGACAGGGCAGAGUUGGUAGAGUGUAUCAGGAGGCUGGUACAGGUGGAUCUGGAGUGGGUACCCAAGUCAGACUCUGCCAGUCUCUACAUCCGACCCACUUUCCUGGGUACUGAGCCAUCUCUAGGAGUGAAGAAGCCAUCCCGUGCUCUGCUUUAUGUGAUCCUGAGUCCUGUUGGUUCCUAUUUCAGUACAGGAGCUAAGCCUGUCUCUCUCUGGGCCGACUCCAAAUACAUCAGAGCCUGGAGAGGAGGGACUGGAGACUGUAAGAUGGGAGGGAACUACGGAGCAUCUAUCUACGCCCAGUAUGAAGCAGUGGAUUAUGGGUGCCAGCAGGUCCUCUGGCUGUACGGAGACGACCAUCAAAUCACAGAGGUCGGAACCAUGAACAUGUUCCUCUUCUGGAAUAAUGAGCAUGGAGAGGAGGAGCUGGCAACGCCCCCUCUGGAUGGAAUAAUCCUACCUGGGAUCACGCGGCAGAGCAUCCUGGAACUCACCAGGAAAUGGGGGGAGUUUAAGGUGUGUGAGCGGUACCUGACCAUGGCAGACCUCCGCUGUGCUCUGAAAGAGAGCCGUGUUAAGGAGAUGUUUGGCUCUGGUACUGCUUGUGUGGUCAGUCCUGUGGGGCGCAUACUCUACCAGGGAGAGAACCUACAUAUCCCCUGCCAGGAGGAUUUCCCCCAGCUGGCCUCUAGACUGAUGAAGGAGCUCACAGAUAUACAGUACGGCCGGACCCAGAGUGACUGGUCUGUCCUCGUGUAACCAAGACACAGUGGUGUGGGUAUCUGGGACAAGCACACACAAACUGUAUAUGCAUAUACGCAGACAUACAUGCACAC